UGGCAGGCCGCUCGGACGCCGUCUCCUAGCAACCGCUGCUGAGACGGGGCCCACGCGGCCUGGCAGCCUGAGCAGGAGGCAUGAAGAAGUGGUGGCAGUGGAGGCCAGGCUGGGCCGGCUCCUUCUUAGCCCCGGCCUGGAGCCAGUUCCCCUGCUGAGCCUGACUCGGAGAGGAGCAUUCACACGUUCGGGGUGAUGGUGGCUGGGGGAGGCAGGGAUGACUUCCAGGAGGAAACGGCUCUCCCUCGGAGGAGCGCCUCCAGGCGAGGAGGGGGGGAGCGCUCACCAUGGCGAAGCUGGAGGCUUUCAACUUGGCCCGGCUGAGGUAGAGCUCCACCAGGACAGUGCCUGCAUGGAGUGCUCGUUUAGGCUCAUGGCGAGCUCCGUCGGGGCGCGCAACAGGGGCUCCCACCCGGGGCCUCGCCCUCGCCUGCCUGCCUGCUCAUCGUCUUGGCGGCACAGCUGCAAGCAGGCUCCCUGCCGCGCCUCAGCAGCCCCCCAUGGCACCGGGCUUGGGGCGGCUCCAUCCGUCGGUCCCAAGUCGCUGCGCUCCGGCCGCCUCUCUACAGCGCCGCCGCUGCCGCCUCCCUCCGGGGCUGGGCCAAGAUCGGAUAUGGCCCGCUGCAGCCAAGUUCCCUUUCCAGGUCCCUCCUGCGCCACCGCCUGGGAAGGUUGCUGGAUUGGGACAGAGCAGACAUGCAUCCUAAUAUGUGGCCACAGCAUGGUUUUCGGGGCAGCCCAGAGGGCCGCGAAAUCGAGCAUGGGCUCACAGCUGGGCCUCAGUAGAUGGGCUGCAGUACAGUAGCUUGGCCGGAGAGGAAUGCGUUGAGAUGGGCGCCUACCCACUUUUGUUCCAGCAAGGUGCUGUGCGGACAACUCUGCACGUGGUGGUCAUUUACCUCGGUGGUAAUGACCUUCGCGUGAUGCAGGGCAAGGCCCUCAUUGUUCAGGCAUGUAUGGACAUGCAGCUGUCAAGGCAGCAGUGGCCUUUGAUACGUCUGAUAUGAUCAGACACGCUUCCACGUCUGAUGUGAUCAGACACGCUUCCACAUCUGAUGGACGGAGCAGACACGCAUCCUUAUUUGCGGCCACAGCAUGGUGUUCUGGGCAGCUCGAAGGGCAGCGAACUCGAGUGCCGGCUCACAGUUGGGCCUGAGCAGAUGGGCGGCGAUACAGUGGCUUGGCCGGCGAGGAAUGCGUUGGGAGGGGCUUCAACCCGCACUAUUCCAGCAACAUGCGACGCGGAUUACUCUGCUGGUACUGGUCAUCCACCUCGGUGGGAAUGACCUUGGCUUGAUGCAGGGUAUGGCCCUCAUCGUUCAAGCAUGUGCUGACAUGCAGCUUAUCAGGCAACGGUGGCCUGGCGUACGUCUGAUGGUCAGACAUGCUCCCGUGGAGGGAGUGGCGUGGGGUAUGGGAUCCAGGGGCUAUAGAUUGGGCACUGAAGACAGUCAACCGACGGAUUCGGUUGGCGCUUCUUCCACAUGGUGGGUUAGCUAUCCCACCCACGCAUUUGGCACUGGCAGGGUGCACUUUACAGGGCAGACGGCGUUCACCUGUCUGACACAGGUAACACCUUAUUUAUUGGGGACCUGCAGAGGUGUCUGCGAGAGGUGCUUCUCGGCAGUGGGGUAAAAGGGGACUAAAUAGAGAUUUGUCCCCUUUUUGUGGCGGGAAGGUGCGGGAAGGGAAAUAGUUAAGGACAGCUAGGUGGCCCCCUUAGGCACCUUUGUAGGUGAUUGGCGGUUCCGGAGGCCUGUCUGGCAAGGCUUUACGGCUCAAAGACAGGAUAUGGGCUGCCUCUGGGGCCAACUUAUCUCAUCUACCCAAGGGUUAUUCAACCCCGGGUGGGGAUGACGUGGGAAGGCCCCCCUACUCACCUACAAGGUGUGGCCAGGGUAAGGGGUAAGCAGAUGGGCUUGCCCUUGCCCUGGCAGGGGCUGGUCGCCCAAGAGCUGUAUGGCAAGCUAUUUGCUUAUAGAUAGUCCCGCACCUAGAUUUUCCCUCUGCAGAUCACUUUAAAAUUGGGUUUGUCUGCUGUAAU